AGAAUUACGUCAAAGUAAAACGCGAUUGGUCGGACUUGAAAGCGCAGAUGGAUGGGCUCAUGGCGGAUCCCGAUCGAGCGCGGCGGAUCGCGAAAGAGUCUGCGAAAGUAUUUCGAGACCGCUACCUCACACCAGCUGCCGAGGCUUGCUAUUGGCGGCGGAUGAUUCGCAAUUGGCGCGCCGUGAUGGAUUUCGAGCCGCGGCGGUACGAAACUAACGAUGAUGGCGUCAAGGUCAGAAGAGGCGUGAGUUGGGAACGGUUUGCCUUCAGGCAGAAUAAGAGCUUCGAGCAUGGAUUCUGGGAGUCUGAUAACAGCGACACGGACGGAGCCGAGUAAGGUUGCCUUUUCACUAGGCAAAAAUUAUUACAGAUAUCUAUCGCCUACGAUUUGCUAGGACUCGCGAGGGCUCUCGAGGACCCAAGCGUCGGCCAUCUGAGAUGGCCGGUGUAGACUGCCCCGGAUGUACGGCAUAAACGGGCUGUGUUUGCGCAUCCUGACGAACCUAGACACACGCACAUAUCAGGUAGAAGUGGAUCAGAGCUAGG